AUGGAACCAUAAAUCAAAGAAUUUGUAAGUUCAUUACUAAAUACUUAAAUUACUGAAACUUUGACUCUCUCUGAUAAGCAGAAACAAUUAAACCAUUAAACUGGACUAAUGUAUAUAUUAUUCUUCAAUUUACUUUAGAUGUUUUCUUUAAGGCUAUUGUUUAGAAAUCGGAUUUCAAGUUCAACCAAAUAUCAAUUAAGCUAUUACUCAUUAUUUGCACGGUGUCAAGUACUUUGCAGAUCCAUUAUGUGCCCAUUAAUUGGAGCAAUAUUAUACUAAAAAUAAGAAUAAAGUUUUGGCUACCUUGUAAGUAAUCUCAUAUAGCAUUUAGUUGCAAAGCUCUUUAUUAUUUACUAAUUGAUUUGAUUUAUGAAAUUAAACAUUCACUUAAGAAGGUUGAAUGUGAAAAAUAUAAUGAAGCAAUAUAAGAAUUAGCUCCAACUCCAGAUAUUCCUUUGUAAUAAUUAAGCCCUUUUCUUAAGGCUCUUUUUAUUUUCAGAGAAAAUGAAUCGCAAUAAAAUUAUGAUUCACUUUUAAUUAACUUUGAAUAAAUGAAUACCAAAAUUCAUGCUUAUCCAAUACUGAUUAAAUAAUUUACUUAAUAAACAAAAAAUCCCGAUAAAUGUCCUGAUAUAAUUUUUAAAUAAUGUUAAUUAGUUAAUCCAGAACCCUUUUUAAAUUAGGUAUAAAUUAAAAUUUGAUAUUAAGUUAGUGUUUAUAUAACAUUUUUCUUUACGGCUAGAUUGAUGCUUCACAUUUGAACUCUAUUCGUCAGAUUAUUUUCGAGUUGAGUUUUCUUCAUAGACAUGAACCUUAUGCUUAAGUGAUUGAACAAUUUUAUUCAAGAGGAACUCAAAAUGCAAUACAUAAAAUCCUUAUAUUAUAAAAAAGAGCUAAAUAAUUUAAAGAUCAUUAAUUAAAGGAUGAAGAAAUCAAAUUUAUAGAAUUACAGAACUCGGUGAUUAGUCUUUAUUUAUUAGGGAAACAAUAAAAAGAUAAGUCAAAAAAUUGUUUUUUAUGUAAGGCUAAAGAACUUCUAAAAAAUCCAUGGCCAGAAAGUCCUUAUAUUUAAUUUGUUUAUAUGUUCUAUAAAUCUAAGUUGGAAUUACAUCAUUAGAAUCAUGAUGGUUAUACUAAAUUGAUUGAUUCAAAUCUAUUUGAGGAAUGUUAAUAGUUUUAUGACCGAAACUCCAUUCAUUUCAAAUAGGUUAGAACAUUUUAAUUUUAUUCAAUUCGACGUAGAUUAGAUAAAUAAAAAGAUAAGAUUAUAUUUUAAAAUAAACAGAUUUAAACAAUGUUUGAUUAAAAGAAAGUUUAAUAAUUAGAUCUAUCUAGAGGCAAUUUUCAAACAAUCCAUUAAAGUCAAAUAGAACUAAGAAGAUCAUAUGUAAAUCAAUCACCAGAAAAAAAGUCAUUAGAUGCAAUUAAAUAAACAUAAAGUAUUUAUGUGAACAGUGGUAGUAAAAGGUUAAAUUUUGAUAGAACAAUUCAAGGACCUUAAAUUCUACCAUAAUUAGAAGAAAAAUAAUUACAGAAAUCACGAUUUGUUGAUUUAGAAAAUAAGAUUAGAUAUACCAAAUUAAAUCUGAUAUAAACAGAGGAUAUUUCAGAAAUCUAAUUUAUUAGUAAAAGCAAUAGAGAUGGUUAAUUAAGCAUAGGGAAAUAUUAAGGACAAUUUAUUUAUAUAAAGACAUUGGCUUAUAUGAAUUAUGAUCAGAUAAACUAAUAUUUUAAAUUAAUGAAAAAGUAUUUUAAUUUGGAGCAUAAAAACAUAAGGACCAUAAUUGGGUAUAAUAUAGAGGAUUUUUAAGAAUAAGAUUUAAGUGGAUAAAUACGUAUUUUAACAUAUAGAUAUGAUUAUAAUUUAAGAACCUUCCUUUAAAAGAACAAGAUAUCAACAAAGGAGAAAUGGCAUUUGGCAGUUUAAAUUAUUGAUGCUGUUUAUUAUCUACAUUAACAUGAAGUAAUCUUUUGUAAUUUACAUCCUAAUAAUAUACUUAUUGAUGGUGACACUCAUGUUCCUGUGUUAAUUGAUUUUGAUUUAAUGUUUGAUAAAGAAUACUUAGAUAUAAAAUAUAUGGCUAAAUAAGUAAUUAAAGAAGAAGUACCUGAAUUUACUGAGAAGACUGAUAUUUAUUCAAUAGGAUGUAUUUUACUAUAUAUAUUUUUUGGUUGUGAAUUUCGAUUUCAAUAAUCACAGUAAUUUAUCUGAUUUAAUAAUUAGUCAUUCUACAACUUUAAGUUUGGAAGCCUUCUAGAAUUUGAAUCCUCAUCAAUCAACAAAAGUAGAAUUUCUCAUACCUCCUGGUUAAGAAGCUUUAUAAGAGAAAGCAAGAAUGAUUACAUUGAAAUGUUUAAAUGGAGAGAUUGAAUUAUUAGAUUUGCUUCAACAUUUUUAUGACUAUGUAUGA